UGACCUAGACACAUAAUGCGGCCUGCGAAGCGUGUGGCUUUCCUCGUGUCGUAGAUCCUUGUUUCGCGAACUCGUCGGUGACGUAAGGCCAAGAAGACCACGGACUGAGGUCGGCUGCGUAUUUCGGGCUGUGACACAUAGCAGAUAUGUUUAUAUCGACCCCUCUCUUUUCCAUCGAUUUCCAACUCGCCUACCCGUCCUUCUUUUACGCACAUUGAGCGUCGUAGUGUGCCGAGAAUCGGUGACUCGAGCCGGGUUCCGGUGAAUUCGCCACUGUCAGUCGAGCGAUCAGAACAGAAGAAUUGAAAGUAUUCGAUUGUCUCGUUCGAAACUCGUUGACAGCCUACGAUUCUGAAGUAAAAACGAGUUCAGAAGCAUUCUGGCAUUUGUACUAUCGAACGUACGAUAAAAAACCGACUGUUGCGCCUAAAGCUCUGCCCUUCUUUUAGCCAUGGGGAAAAGCAAAUCCUCCGAACCGGAAGAAUCUGCGAUGGGAUUUAAGGACAAGCAGAAGGCUCUGGACACGUUGAAAGCUCUGGAUGGUCGGGACGUGAGUUACCAGUACCACGUGAUUACGAGUUUCGUGGCCCGCGCGAAACGGACCCAACAGAUCACGAAGGACGAGGAGAAGGUGGCCAAUCUUCGGGAGGCUGCGAAAGUGUUCGAGGAUUGGCUAAUCGAUUACAAGCAGAACAAUCGGGGUAAAGAGAAUCUUGCCUACCUGCCGCUAGAGACCGUGAAAAGCUACAAAAUCCUUGCAAAGAAAUACGAUGUCCUGGAGGAAGAUUUCUACAAUGCGUACAAGAAAGAGAAGGGAGACUACAAAGGCCUGCGAACCGUCAAAACCCCACGCGGGGACACUACGUGGGACAUCGAAAGGAAUCGAAGAUUGAAGGAGAUCAUCGAUAAGAUUAAACAGGACCACGUGCAGUGGUUCGAGACGGACGUGGGUGACUUCCGAGGAUUCCCAACCAAGGAGCACACCCAGUGUAUCAUGUUGGGCUACAGUCCUGAUCCCGCCAAGCUGAAGAAGCUCGCGCCUCAGGUGGAAGAAAAGUUUGGGACUGAAAACACCGAGGACAUGGAGGUGGAUCAAGAAUCGAAAGACAAAGGUACCAAGAGGAGACACGACAGCUCAUCCAGCAGCGACAGCGAAAACGGCGAACCGGAGACGAAAGCGUUGAAGCGAUCAGCUGACGAGGACAAACGCGAAAAAGAAGAAAAUAGUCUCGGUUUCAAAGACAAGGAGAAAGCUCUGCAAAGCAUCAAGUCGCUGGAAGGCAGGGACGUGAGUUAUCAGUAUCACGCGAUCAAUGGGCUGGUGAAAAGGGCCGAGAGAGUGAUAUCGUGCACAAAGGACGAGCAAAAGAUCAAGAACAUGAGAGAGGCCGUCGAAGUGUUCGAGAAUUGGAUCACGAAUUACAACGUGAAUGGCCGGGCCAAAGAAAACUUCAAUUACCUGCCCAUCGACCUGGUCCGAUCUUUCAAACCGCUGGCGGAGAGGUACAAGAUCGAGGAUAAUGGAUUUCUCAAAGCAUACGAAGAGGUGGACGGAGACUACAAGCAGCUCAGAGACGUUCAGGUUCCGGACUCGAACGUAACAUGGGACGUAGAAAGAAAUAAGUCCUUAAAAAAUUUGGUGGAUCGCAUCAAGGAGGAAAAUAUUCAGUGGUUCGAAACCGACGAAGAACUUCGCGGUUUGCCCAGUAAGGAACAUACCCAAUGCAUAAUGUGGGCUUUCAGUCACGACGUCGCCAAACUGAAGAAGCUUUUACCUACAUUGGAGGAGAAAUUGAAGUCAUAAUUUCACCUACAGUGCAAACUAUUCGACCGUGUACGUUACACAGCCUGUAUAUUUAAGUUUAUUACUAUGUAUGUACAAAAGCAUUUGAUUAUCUUUAAUAAACAUAAAUUAUUUUCCAA